AUGGGGCAGGGCUGUGGAUCCAAGGCCAUCCUUCCGGGUGGGUACGAGGAAGGUAACCUGGUGUACUACAGCGCGGCCAAUCAGCAUUUUCCAGCCGGCGAACUACGCUACGGCACACUGGGCAAUGUCACAGGGCCUUCGCAGGUUCAGGAUGGCAAAGAUGACGAGCGCGUGGCUGUGAAGUUCCCAAACUUCCGCCAGCCAGUGGCAUGCUUUGUUGCGGCGCUGCAGACCAAGGCACCCCCGGCCAUCUUGCCGGGAGGCUGGCGAAUCGGCGAAAGUCUCGUCUACCUGGGCGAAGCAAGGGAAUCGGAAGACGGUCAUAGGCUCGCAGCGGGCAUGAGCUGUGUCGUCGCCGGUCCCACGGGCCCCAAGGACGGCGGGGCGUCGAUUGCAGUGCUUUUUCCUGGCCACAGUGUCGCGAUCGUUGUGGCCUCAGAGGAGUUGGCGAGUCCCGGCGAAGUGCGGGCCUGUCCGGCUGUUUGUGCCAUGGAGAUCUGCGAGACCAUCCGGGCCCGUCCGGAGAAGGUCAUUGUCCACUAG